AUGGACAAGCUCAGCAAACAAUUCAACGACUCCUCCCUCAAGGACUCGCUCCUCGGCUCCAUCGUCUCCACAAAGCCAAAUGUCAAGUGGGAGGAUGUUGCCGGUCUCGAAGCUGCCAAGGCGGAGCUUCAGGAGGCCAUCAUCUUCCCUCUCCGCUUCCCGCAAAUGUUCCGGGGAAAGCGACAGGCGAGGCGCGCUCUGCUACUAUAUGGCCCGCCAGGUACCGGUAAAAGUUAUCUCGCAAAGGCCGUUGCAACUGAGGUCGACCAUACGCUCUUUAGCGUAAGUAGCGGCGACGUCAUGUCUAAGUGGACGGGUGAGAGCGAAGGAUUGAUGAGACAGCUCUUUAUCCUCGCCAGAGAGAAAAAGCCGUCAAUCAUCUUCAUCGACGAGAUCGACGCCCUGUGCGGAAAGCGAGACAGCGGAGGCGCAAACGCCGAGGACACCGCGCGCAUGAAAACCGAGUUCCUCGUCCAGAUGGACGGUCUAGGCAACGACAACGACGGCGUAUUUGUGCUCGCUGCGACCAAUUUGCCGUGGUCCCUCGACCCUGCCGUCCGCAGACGUUUCCAGAAGCGAAUCCACGUCCCGCUGCCGGACGAACACGCCCGGGGCGAACUCUUCAAGGUCCACUUGGGCGACAUGAGCUCCUCGCUAGGAAACACAGAGAAUGCUUUCCGCGAUCUCGCGUGGAGGACUCCUGGGUUCUCGGGGAGCGACAUCGCCAACCUGGUCCAAGACGCACUGAUGAUGCCCGUAAAGAAGGUCCAUACCGCGACAUACUUCCGAAAGUUCCGCGAUCGAGAAGGCGAAUGGUACACGCCCUGCAACCCCGGUGACGGCGGCGCCAUCCCAAUGAGGUGGAACAAGGUCCCGGCGCGGCAAUUGAAGGAGCCAGCCCUGGCGCUUGUGGACCUUUACGAUGCGGUCCACAAGACGAAGCCGUCGGUGGGAGAAGAGGAGGUGCGCAAAUGCAGCGAGUGGACACAGCAAUACGGGAUGGAGGGAGCUUAA